AUGUAACCUAGUGUGCAAGUUAUUGAAAUUAUUACGAAACGGAGAAAGAAUAAAAGUGUAUAAGAAAGUAAAUUAAUAUUUAAAUAAAUAAAAAAAACCACUCCAUCAAAAGAAGAAACAGAACGAAGGAAUCAGGAGUGAGAGAGUGAAAACCAGAAAAGGAAAAAUGAUAUACAGAAAAUGGAGUUUGCUCAGCAGCACCGCGGUAGUCACCGCCGGAAUUGUUGGUGCCGUCGCUCUCGGAGAUCUCCUUUUCAAUCGCAAAGAUCCUUAUCCGGUACCAGAAUUGAAGAAAGACAAUGCAUUGUCAUUGAAGUAGAAGUGUUUUUCAAAGCUGUAUUGUUUUGACCCGAGCUUCUUCUGAAAUGUGUUUGUUUUAAUGCAAUGGAACUGUUGAAUAAUAUCUUACAUGAAAUUGUAGUUGUGUAGCCGAAUAAAUUUCACCUUGUGGUUACAGACAGCAUUUGCUCUCUCUUAUUUUUCAUUGCAUCUCUAGCGCAUCACAGUGCAAAUUUAUAUUGAAUGAAAUUUUGCGUGUUAUAUGCCUACUGAGUUGUGUCACAAGUCAUGCUAUAAUUUGUGUCAAGAAAUGAUAGGAACAAAUCGUAUAAUUAUAUUCUGUUAUGUUUAGUUUUGUUUUCUGUCUGUUAAAUUUUUUGGGCAUUCUGUACAUCUGUAAGCCGUUGCAUUUCGUUUGAGUUUAUUUGGCUAGAAUAAUAAGAUAAAUUUAAACUCAUGUAAGCAGCUAUUUUAUGGUUCUAUCAUUUUGGUCAUGAAGUUAAAGAUCUUUGCAUUAGUACCAAGCAAUUUGGAAAAUUCAUUAAAUGCCAAUUUUUUGGGGCCACUCACUAUUUUUUCGCAUCAACCAUUAUCUUAUCAUCUUAUCAUAUUCCCAUCUACCCCUGAGUUCAAUGAUGACUCUUGCUGAAAAUUUUGGAGAUGCUACUAUCUUUCUGCCCAACGUCUAAGGUCUGCUUUUCACACCUUCGAAGUUCUAGCUACCAGUCCCCGUCGUAUCCUCCUGCCAGUGACAUCUGCUCUCUGUCUUCUUCCCCUGCCACUGCCAUCCGCUUCCGCACUUCAUACCGUGAAAAACUAGCCUACCUAAGAAAUCUUGGCAUUGUAGAUUCGAAUCCCAAAAGCACCAAUGUGCCCUCUCAUGCGAGUUUGGAUAGAAUUCUCACCAUCAUCAAAUUCCUAAAAUCUAAAGGAUUUUCAGAUAGUGAUAUCCCAAAACUUACUACCAGUUGCCCUAAACUCUUGUCUGAUCUUGAACCAGCUGAUAUUGGACCUGUAUUCAGUUUCUUGGCUACUGAUGUUGCUGCUUCUACUCAUGAAUCCUGUGGACUUAUUCUUUGCUGUCCUGAUCUCUUGUUCUCCAAUGUUGACUACUGCUUGAGGCCAACACUCGCCUUUCUUACAAGUAUAGGUCUCAAAAGGCUGAAUUCACCAACUAAUCUCAACGCCCACCUUCUUAAUACGCGUGUUAGUAAGUUUGAGACUAAGCGUGACUUCUUAAGGAGCAUUGGAUUUACGUAUGAUGAGUCAAUAAAAGCAUGUACACGGUUGCCUGCAAUUUUUGGCUAUAGCAUUGAGAAUAACAUGGCGCCGAAGGUUGAAUACUUGGUAGAAGGGAUGCAAAGGAGCAUUGAUGAAAUAAAAGAGUUCCCCCAGUACUUUGCAUUUAGCUUGAGAAGAAGAAUAGUGCCUAGGCAUAUGCAUUUGAUGCAAAGGAGUGUCCAUAUUUCAUUGAAAAAAAUGUUGUUGUGUGGUGAUGAUAAAUUUUAUGCCAAAUGGAAAUGAAUCUCUCCAUUGUUCAGCUAGUAUGUACAGGUCAAAAUUUUCCAUAUGUAAUUUCCAUUUAUACUAAUCUAUGACAAGAAAGGCCCCAUUUUCCUUUC